AUGCUCCGGAGGAGUCAUAAAAAAUCCCGGGCUGGCUGCCUCGAAUGCAAAAGACGACAUGUCAAGUGUGAUGAACAGCGACCUCGGUGUAUCAUUUGCACCUUGUCAGAACGAGAAUGCAGUUACCCGCAGCAGUCCGCCAGCUCGCCACUCUCGCCAGCAGGGUCAACACCAAGUACUCCAGGGCCGGUUACAGCCCAGGAAGCGACCGCAGACCCCCCUUCGUCUUUUAUAGCUGCAAUUGCGACUAGUAACGAGACUAGCGCGAGUCCCGUUGCCGGCGUCCCUCUCCCGGACAUCUCGGGUCGGGAACCUACGCUAACACCAAAUACAAACCGGAACAACCCCGAAGUCAACAUGGCCCACAUGGAGUUAUUAGUCCGCUUCGAAUUCGAGGAACAUGCCCCUGAGCUAAACGUUGAGCUGCGCGACUUUGCCUCAGAACUUUUGUUCAAAUGCAGUCUCGAAGCCCCUUACUUGAUGCACCAGAUUCUUGCCGUAUCUGCUCGACGUCAGGCGGCGCUUCAGUCCGAACGAACCGGUUAUUUUCUAGAAACCGCCAUACACUUACAGACUAAGGCUGUUUCCAUUUACAACGAGACGGCGGCCAAGGCGCAAAUCGAUCAGACAAACUGUUCUGCACUGUUGUUGUUUUGUUCCCUCCUUGGCCGUCAUCUGCUCGCCGACCUUCUGGCAAGGAGGGAUGCAAAUUUUGGCGAAUUUCUACCUCGCUUCCUCGAGCUACUUUCCAUAUCCCGUGGUCUUAUGGCCAUGUCUGUGUCCGCCUGGGACCUUCUGCUUCAAUCCGACAUCAAACAUCUUGUUCUAUGGGCGCUCGAGAUCUCCCAGUCAACACCCCGGGGACAUCACUGUGACGAGCUGCAGCGUCUCGUCGCUGAGUCUACGAACCUAGACGCACCUUCCAAGGAAGCUUGUGUAGCGGCUAUUGCCUCUCUUCAAGUCGGCUUCGACAGCAUUCUCGGGGGCGAUGCACGAAAUCAGCGGUACCUGAUGGUCUUCAUGUGGGCCCCUGUUGUUCCUCAAAAGUUUACCGACUUGCUAUCCCAACAACGACCCGAAGCUAUCGCCAUCAUGGGGCACUGGGCACUCCUUCUUCAUUAUACAAGGAGCUUAUGGCACGUGGCUGAUUCUGGAUCUUAUCUUCUGAAACGCAUCUCCGAGUAUCUCGGCCCGAGUUGGGCCCCUUGGCUAUCGUGGCCACUUUCUGUUCUCGCAGCGGAUACACCAAAUUGA